CAAUCCUGAUAUUCUCUGUUUAUUUUUAUUUUCAUAUUUUUUUGUGUUUACUUACUUUUUAUGAAAUAAAAUAUUUUUGCGAAAAAGAUCCAAAUAAAACCAUUGCUUUUCGACCUGAAUAUCGGGCGCUAAGACAAAGUCAAAAAUGAGCGAUGAUGACAGAGAUAUCGACAUUGAAAGUGACGACGAUAAUGAUUCUGAUACGGGCACUAGUAUGCCUCAAAGGAAUAGUACACAAAAUUUCACACAAGAAGAAAAGCGGGCCCACCAUAACGCAUUGGAACGCAAAAGACGUGAUCACAUCAAAGAAAGCUUCACUAAUUUGCGAGAAGCAGUGCCAUCACUAAAAGGAGAAAAGGCGAGUCGAGCUCAGAUUUUAAAGAAAACUACCGAUUGCAUACAAAAUAUGAGACGAAAAAUUCAGGCUAAUCAAAAAGACGUGAAUGAUCUUAAACAUCAAAUUGCUAUUUUGGAAGAGGAGGUACGCCUUUUGGAAUCUGCUAAAAAUGGAAGCGAAAUUGAUGCCAGCAGUUACCAUCAACUAAUUAAUUGUGAUCACUCGGAUGGUGAUGAACAAGACUUUAGUCGUCGCAGUAAAAAGAUGAAAACUUCCUACCAGACAUAGUCAAUGAGAAAGCGAGGCAGUUCAGCAUUGAAACCUAUUCGAUUAAGACAAUUUAGAGUUCUAUAAUGCGUAAAAAUUUUAGUGGGAUUGAUAUUACGAGAACUAAUAGAAUUGUUUCUUAAUAUUAUUAAGUAAUUGUAAAACUAACAAAGAAAGCUAAAAUUUCUUUUUGAAGGAUUGUUUUGUAUAAAUAUAUUU